CCCAUUCCCAUUUCAGCAUAACUCACACACCAUUAUUUCCAAAUACAUACAUAAACAUCUAUUUCGAACGAACAAUCUGUCAAGACUACAACAUGGCGACCGCAUCUGAAAUCCCCGUCCUCCACUCCAAAGCCGAAUACCUGAAAGCCGUCAUGUACGAAGGCGUCACCAUCCUCGAAGGCACAGCAACUUGGUGCCAAAACUGCAAGGUCAUCGCGCCUGAAGUCCAGAAGAUGGUGGCUGAAUACCCGGACGUAAAGUUCUACCUGUACGACGUGGAAGAGUGUGAAGAUAUAGCACACGAGUUGGGUGUUAGCCAGAUGCCUACGUUUAGCAUUUUCAAGGAUGGAGAUAUCCAAGAGGGUGUUACUGGCGCUAAACCAAAAGAGAUUAGGAAGGCUAUUGAGGGGUGUUUGUGAGAUAUGGAUGCAUGCGUUGUUGCAAGUAGCGAAAUGGGAGUGAUGUCAUGAAAGUAUGUUGGAGGUUUUAAUUGCAUCUUGUGUAUAGUCAAUUCGGCAAAUUUUGAUAGUUCAGAAAGAUAUUCAAGGCCUUGUGAGCUACGUGUCAUAUCUUGGGGCUGAGAGCAAAAUGGUGUUGUUGUACAUUAGCUGAGCUACAAGAUCCACUUCAGCUAGACUAUU